AUGGCAGACGUCACUGUGAAGAGUGGAAGAGAAGGAAAAAGAGGAGUCGUAAAUGUUGAGAUCCAACGUUCCUCCUCUCCCUCCUCCUCUUCCUCCUUGCCGUCUGUGUGGCAAGGCUUUGGGAGGAAGGUGAAACUGUUACUGCCAUACGUCUGGCCCAAAGGCAACGCAGCGCUGCAGGGACUCGUGCUCCUGUGUGUGGGCCUGCUGGCAGCAGAGCGACUGGUUAACGUGCUGGUGCCUGUUUACUCCAAGAACAUUGUGAAUGAGCUUUCUGCAGGAGGCGAAAGCUCAUGGACUUCGCUGAUUGCCACUGUCUGCAUCUACACACUGCUCAAGUUCCUACAGGGCGGAGGGGCAGGGACCUCUGGUUUCAUCAGCAACCUGCGCCAGUUCAUGUGGAUCAAAGUUCAGCAGUUUACCAGCCGAGGCGUUCAGGUGUGUUUGUUUUCCCACCUGCAUGGCUUGUCUCUGCGCUGGCACCUGGAGCGACGCACCGGAGACGUGCUGAGGAGCGUCGACAGAGGCACGUCCUCCAUCAACAACCUGCUGAGCUACAUCCUGUUCAGUAUCCUCCCCACCAUCUGUGACAUCAUCAUCGCCAUCAUCUACUUCGUCUCCUACUUUAAUAUCUGGUUUGGACUCAUCGUUUUCACCUGCAUGGUCCUCUACCUCACCUGUACCAUUCUGAUCACAGAGUGGAGGACGAAAUACAGGAGAGAGAUGAACAACCAAGACAACAAUGCCAAGUCCAGAGCCGUAGACUCGCUGCUCAACUUUGAGACGGUAAAAUAUUACUGCGCUGAGGAUUAUGAAGUCCGCUGCUUUGAGGAAGCCAUUCUGAAAUAUCAACACUGUGAGUGGAAGAGCUCCGCCUCCCUGGCUCUGCUGAAUCAAUCCCAGAACAUCAUCAUAGGAUCAGGACUGCUGGCUGGAUCUCUGCUCUGUGCCUACCUGGUCUACGAGGGACAAUUCCAGGUUGGAGACUAUGUUUUGUUUGGUACCUACAUCAUCCAGCUGUACACUCCUCUGAACUGGUUUGGUACCUACUACAGGCUGAUUCAGAGUGCAUUUGUUGACAUGGAGAACAUGCUGACACUGUUGACGGAGCAGAAAGAGGUGAGAGAUUCAGAGGAUGCACGGGACUUGCAGCUCACAGCAGGUCAGGUGGAGUUUGACAGAGUCUGUUUCAGCUACGUGCCUGGCACUGAGAUUCUUAGGGAUGUGUCCUUUACGGUGGAGGCAGGACAGACAGUCGCUUUGGUUGGUCCGUCUGGAUCAGGGAAAAGCUCCAUCCUGCGUCUGUUAUUCAGAUUUUACGACCCUCAGAGUGGCAGCAUCCGCAUCGACGGUCAGGACAUCUCCAAGGUGCGUCAGUCUUCUCUGAGGUUUUACAUCGGCGUGGUUCCCCAGGACACGGUUCUCUUUAACAACACCAUCGGCAACAACAUCCGCUACAGCCGAGUCACAGCUAGCGACGAGGAGGUGGAGAGAGCUGCCAUGGCUGCUGACAUACACGCCAGGAUACUGGAGCUACCUCAGGGAUAUGACACGGAGGUGGGGGAGCGAGGUCUGAAGCUCAGCGGUGGGGAGAAGCAGAGAGUGGCGAUCGCUCGAACCAUCCUGAAAGAACCUCAGAUCAUUCUGCUGGACGAGGCUACGUCUUCACUGGACACCCAGACUGAGAGGAAGAUCCAGGCUUCACUGGCCGAGGUCUGCACCAACAGGACGACUAUAGUGAUCGCACACAGGUUGUCCACCAUUGUCGGAGCAAACCAGAUCCUGGUGGUUCACAACGGACAGAUAGCAGAAAGAGGAAGACAUGACGAGCUGUUGGUCCAGGGAGGUCUGUACGCUGCCAUGUGGAUGAAACAGCAGAAAAGUCACGACACGCAAACAGAAACACAGACAAACGAUCAGACUCAAGACACUUGACAUUGAACUGAGUGUGACAUUUUUUUUUAUUGAAUACUCACCACAUCAUUUUUGGUACAUCUGAUGUAUUGUAAUCUUGUGUAUCUGCAGCUACACUACAACUGAAGUCUGGAUAAAGUGAAACCCUGCAGAAGGUUAUGACAUUAACACUGUUAUCUGCUGUCAAGGUUCAUACCAGCAGACGCUAUAUCCAACACAUUCUCACUCUCCCAACGCGUAAAAUACGGACGCUUGGUCAUGGGCCUUUGGUGUUUGUUAUUCACGCGAAAAGUCUCCUUAAGUGUCGGGACUCUUGGCGUCACUUUUGAAGCUCUGGGUCGGGACGUACUGACUGA